AUGGAAAGAGGGAGAGGAGGAGGAGGAGGAGGAGGAGGAGGAAGGAACCUGGGAGGCUCCGGCCUGCACAGGAGCAUUUAUUCCCAGUCCCAGCAGCAGUACCAUUACCCGGCCUCCUCCCAGGGGGGCUGCAUGGAGAUCCAGGAGCUGGCCUCCAAGAGGGUGGACAUCCAGAAAAAGCGGUUUUAUCUGGAUGUGAAACAGAGCUCCCGCGGCCGCUUCCUGAAGAUCGCCGAGGUCUGGAUAGGAAGAGGCAGGCAGGACAAUAUCAGGAAAAGCAAGCUGACCCUCUCCUUGUCCGUGGCCGCCGAGCUGAAGGACUGCCUGGGGGACUUCAUCGAACACUACGCCCACCUGGGCCUGAAAGGCGGCCACGGCCACCGGCACGAGCACAGCAAUGGCAAAGAGCAGCAUCCCCGGAGGCGACAGCAGCUCCCGCCGCCUUCGCCCCCGGUGUCUGUCGGCUCUGAAGAGCACCCUCACAGCGUCCUCAAAACGGAGUACAUCGAGAGGGACAACAGGAAGUAUUACCUGGACCUGAAGGAGAACCAGCGAGGGCGCUUCUUGCGGAUUAGACAAACCAUGAGUAGGGGACCUGGCAUGAUGGGUUAUUUUGGCCACAGCUUGGGACAGGAGCAGACAAUCGUCCUUCCGGCGCAAGGGAUGAUUGAGUUCAGGGAUGCUUUGGUCCAGCUGAUCGAAGAGUACGGCGAGGGGGACAUAGAGGAUCGCCGGGGGGGAGGCGACGAGCCCCCGGAGCUCCCCGAGGGCACCUCCUUCCGAGUGGACAACAAGCGUUUCUACUUCGACGUGGGAUCCAACAGGUACGGCAUUUUCCUGAAGGUAAGUGAGGUGAGGCCGCCCUACCGUAACACCAUCACGGUUCCGUACAAAGCGUGGACACGGUUCGGGGAAAAUUUUAUCAAGUACGAAGAAGAGAUGAGGAGAAUUUACAACAGCCAUAAAGAAAAAAGAAUGGAUGCCAGAGGGGACAGUGGUGAAGAGCAAGAGGGUCUCGAAUAGAGUGCAUUGGACCGGCCGUCUGGCAAAGUAAACAAAGCAAAACAAGCAGAAAUUGGUG